AUGGACGCCGGCGAAGUCCUAACGGACUAUAUCUCCUCCCUCGACAACCUCCCCCUCGAAGUCCAACACAUCUUCUCCGAACUCCGCGCAAAAGAACUCCGCCUCACCGAAGUCCGCAAAAAGAUAAACAACCGAGACCAAGCAAUCCACAAACACAUCCGAGCAAAUGGGAGUUUGGUGGAGUUUCCGAAAGAGGGUGUGUAUUAUCAGAAGAUUCGGGAGGGGUAUGAGAUGGCGUUGAAGGUGCAGGAGGAGAAGUGUGCGUUGGCUAAUAAAGCUAUGCUCCUUUUGGACCGUCACCUGAAGGCAUUGGACACAGACAUCAAGAAACUCCAAGUCGAUGGCGCCCUCCCCUCAACCGCCCCCCUCGUCCCACCAACUCUCCUCCCCACCUCCUCAUCCUCACGCCCUUCAAUAUCCCACUCCCACCAUACUCCUUCCCACAGCGUUUCUCACCGCCCCCAAGCCCCCACCCACGGACGCCCCCCAACUCCCCCAUCCCCAGAUCCCGACUCCGACCCCGAAGACGCCGCAGGAAACGAAGAUAAUUCGACAUACUGUUUCUGUAACCAAGUCUCUUAUGGAGAGAUGGUUGCGUGCGACGCGAAGGAUUGUCCGAGGGAGUGGUUUCAUUAUGGGUGUGUGGGGUUGAAGGCGCCGCCGGUUGGGAAGUGGUAUUGUUCGGAUUGUUUGGUGAAGAGGCAGAAUGCGAGGGGUGGGCGAAGAUAA